AAUUGAUAAACCCACGAUACGUCCGAGAAUUUGUGAGAGCGAGGAAGGAAGGAGAAGCGGACUCCUCCUCGCCUUUCUUUCUUUCUUUUGGUCUCUCAAUUACUCCCCUAAACCCUAAUUUCAUUGACCGCCCGAAUUACUGUUCAAAUUCUUUCUGUAUCGUUGGAUUGUUCUAGUCCCGCUCGUCCAUUCUGUAGUUGUCGUUGUCGUUGUAUCACUUUAAGAGCCUUGUGUUGGGCACUGGUGACUUGAAGUUUGAUUGAUCGUUUGCUGAUUCUGCAGUUGUGGCAGCUGACUCUAGGGUGAUGGAGAUAUCAGCACUAAAAUCACUUCUCAACAGCAUCACUAGGAUUUUUCUGUUGUCAUCUUGUGACAGCAUAAAAUGCGAACCAGUUCAGAGAUAUUAUCAAAAGAUUGAAGAGAUGAUGAAGUUGUUAAAGCCAAUUUUUGAUGCCAUUGUUGAUGCUGAAAUUGCUUCAGAUGAAUUGCUUCAAAUAGAAUUCGCAGGACUCUGCAAAUCUGUUGAUGAAUCAAGAGAGAUACUUGAAAGCUGGCAACCACUAACGAGUAAAGUUUACUUUGUUUUACAAAUUGAAUCACUCAUGGUGAAUAUUCGUACUCAUGGUUUGAAAAGUCUUGAGAUACUAAAAGCUUCUUCUCACUGCCUACCUGCUGAGCUCAAUGCUGAAUCCCUUGAGCACUGUGUACAAAAACUAAAGCAUAUGGGAUCAGAACAAACAUCAUUGAUAAUCAUGAAAGCUAUUAAGGAUCACCUGGAGGACUCUGGGGCUAGCUCUGAGAGCCUGGGAAAGGUUGCUGAUAGGUUGAGCUUGAAAUCAAACCAGGAACUUCUAAUUGAGGCUGUUGCCCUUGAGAAACUUAAAGAAAAUGCUGAACAAGCUGAAAAGGCUGGUGAAGUUGAGUAUAUAGAUCAAAUGAUUGCCCUGGUUACGCACAUGCACGACCUACUUGUUAUGAUGAAACAGUCCCAAUCCUGUAAUCCUCCAAUACCUGCUGAUUUUUGUUGCCCUCUUUCACUUGAGCUCAUGACAGAUCCUGUUAUAGUUGCAUCUGGACAAACAUAUGAGCGGGCUUUUAUACGGAAGUGGAUAGAUCUUGGACUUAUUGUUUGCCCAAAGACAAGGCAAACUCUAGCACACACAAACCUUAUUCCUAAUUUCACUGUCAAGGCACUCAUUGCAAAUUGGUGUGAAUCAAACAAUGUGAAGCUGCCUGAUCCAACAAAAACCACCAACUUACACCAGCCUUCUUCCCUGCUUGCAAAUGCUGAAUCUGUUAGAGGCAGGAGGGCCAAUAGUUCUGGCACACCUGAUCGUUCUUUAGGUUCUCCAAUGAAGAGUUCAAUUUCGUCUAAUGCAACCCAAAGACUGGGGACAUCUCCAACCCACCCUCGUUCAUAUUCUGAGGAUUCAUUGACAGAAGCUGCUAUAAAUGGAACUAUGUUGGACAUGGAUAGAGUGUCACCACGAAGUUCUGGAGACAGGUCAGACCACUCAGGAGAGAGAAGCUCAAGAUCUGGUGGUCUACUUUUGAUGUCCCCAUCCAGAAACUUUGCUGGGGCUGCUGCUGAUGAACGGUUAUCCGAGGGCCAACCGAACCAAUCCAGCCCUCUUUCCAAUUCCAAUCUGUCACAAGAAACAGCAGCAGACGGCAAUGAAGGCGCAUCCCCCGCCGAUGCUUAUGCCAGUGAUGCUUCCGGGGAGCUUCCAGCAGAGCCGCAACGUCCCACUAAUCCAAAUGCUGCACGAAGAGAGCAUGAUUUCCCAUCUAGGCUGGAGACAAGACCUCGUGGUCAAGCAUUUUGGCGCAGGCCGUCGGAGAGAUUUGGUCCAAGAGUAGUUUCUUCUCCCACUGUUGAAAUGAGGGCCGAGCUCUUAGAAGUUGAAGCUCAAGUCAAGAAGCUGAUUGAGGACCUUAAAAGUAGUUCCAUUGACGUGCAGAGAAAUGCCACUGCUGAAAUCAGGUUACUGGCUAAGCAUAAUAUGGACAAUCGCAUUAUAAUAGCAAAUUGCGGGGCUAUCAGCUUGUUCGUCAAUCUACUUCGUUCAACAGAUUCAAUAGUACAGGAGAAUGCUGUUACUGCUCUUCUGAACCUAUCAAUCAAUGAUAAUAACAAGUCUGCCAUUGCAAAUGCUGAUGCAAUUGAACCCCUAAUUUAUGUGCUUGAGACUGGGAGCCCUGAAGCCAAGGAGAACUCUGCUGCGACACUCUUUAGCCUCUCCGUGAUGGACGAAAACAAAAUCAAGAUUGGAAGGUCGGGGGCAAUCAAGCCCUUGGUGGAUUUAUUGGGACAUGGAACUCCUAGAGGCAAGAAAGAUGCAGCCACUGCUCUAUUCAACUUGUCAAUCAACCAUGAGAACAAGGCUCGAAUUGUGCAGGCCGGUGCAGUGAAAUACCUCGUAGAGUUAAUGGACCCGGCUUUUGGGAUGGUUGAUAAGGCAGUUGCUGUUUUAUCAAAUCUUGCCACCAUUCAUGAGGGAAGAACGGCAAUUGGUCAGGAAGGAGGAAUCCCUGUCCUGGUCGAAGUCGUUGAACUGGGCUCUGGAAGAGGUAAGGAGAAUGCUGCUGCUGCUCUUCUGCAGUUAUGCACUAACAGCAAUCGAUUUUGCAACAUGGUUCUCCAGGAAGGUGCUGUUCCCCCAUUAGUGGCACUUUCACAGUCAGGAACGCCUAGAGCCAGAGAAAAGGCUCAACAACUUCUUGGCUACUUCAGAAACCAACGCCAUGGUAAUGCCGGUAGGGGUUGAUUUUGGUGUCAAGACUUUUUUGGG